CUUUUUCGAAGUCGUUUGAAAUUCAAUUGUAUCAAUAUCAAGACCUGUACGCGUCUUCGUUGAGAAUUCACUCAUCUUGCAUUUUAAAUACCAUACAGAUUUUUAUAUCUUUAUGAUUUUGCAUUUGUUCGACAAUAAUUUAAUACUAUUUAAUGAUCAAUUUUGUAUUCAAUGCCAUCGAUUGAUUUGACGUAUCUAUACCGAUUAUACAAAUGGCUUUUAUCUGCAAUGGACGACGAACGGUAGAUAAUUCUUAUCUUUUCUCAUUAUAUUUCGGAUACAUGAAAUUUCGAUUAAAUUCUUCUAAUCAUGUUAAUCGCAUAGUCCAUUUCAACUAACUAUCCAUCGCAAGCUAAUUCACGCGCGUCGCAAAUUCGUGUUAGUGAGAAUCUGGCAAACGAGUGGGACACAAAUCAUUGUUUAAAAAAAAUGUGAUAUACAUUAGUACACCGUACACCACGCAACAAGAUAUCUAAUCACGGUGCCACAUGAAUGUAUGUAAUGGUAUCUAAAUGUAUUGCCCUAAAGAUAAAGUCGAUUGAUAAUAAUGAUUGGCGAUAGCAACUGGGAAUUAUGUAAAGGAGCAGUCGAAACAGCGAACGUGUAGAUGAUAUUUAUUAAUGAGAAAUAGAAACAACCGAAAAAAGUGAUUUUUCAAAUACAUUUUGGAUAUUUUAUUUAUCAAAUAAAUACCAGAUAACUGCAGUGAUUUAUUAUCGUACGAAAUCUUCGCAAUAACGAUUAUCGCUCUCGAUCGAAAGCACGAUUAAUAGAUAAAAAAUAAAACAACGUUGUUGAUUUGUUUGAUUCGUAGCUGAGAUUUCAAGUACGUCGUAAAUUAUAUUUUUGCAAAACAUUGGAGUACACAUGCCGUUGCGGCGGUUGAAGCUGAAUGACAUCGUUUGUGCUAUCGUUCAUAUUUGAGUAUUAUCUCAGUUUCUGAAGUGAUUUUCAUUGUUGAACAAUGAGAGACGGAAUAAGGUUUCGACAGCAUGCUUCAAAAAGAGCGUCUGGAGAAGCUCUAUACGAGGACAGAGUUUCCUCGAAAAGAAAAGAUGUACUGCCAAAUGAAACUCAGCAUUUGCUUUUCCUUUUCACAUUUUUUCUUUUUGUAUCCAUUGUCAUAAUUGCAUUUGAGAAGAAAUUACCAGAACCGAUAACUAUAAGCAAAGAAGGAUUAUACCCUGAGAGGUUUAUAGCAGAGAGAGCACAUAAUCAUCUUGAACAGCUUACAUCCAUUGGCCCACGAAUUGUUGGAAGCUACGAGAAUGAAGUGUUGGCAAUUAAAUAUUUAACAGACAUUAUUAAUAAUAUAGUUAAAAAUUCCAAUGAAAAUCAUAAGGUUCUAGUUAAUGUAACCAAACAUAGCGGAGCUUUCCCUUUAAAGUUCCUCGAUGGAAUGACAAAUGUUUAUAAAAAUGUUCAAAAUAUCAUUGUUAAAAUUGGUCCCCAUAGGCCUACGCAUAGCAGUGUGCUAGUAAAUUGUCAUUUUGAUACUUUCCCUGAUAGUCCUGGAGGAUCUGACGAUGGAGCUGGUUGUGCUGUGAUGUUAGAAAUUUUACGAGUAAUUGCUCAUAGUUCAAAAUUGUUAAAACAUAAUAUUAUAUUUCUAUUUAAUGGCGCUGAAGAAAAUUUAAUGCAGGCUUCUCAUGGUUUUAUAACGCAACAUGCCUGGGCCAAGGAAAUACGUGCUUUCGUAAAUUUAGAGGCCUGCGGAGCUGGUGGUCGUGAAUUAUUAUUUCAGGCUGGACCUGACAGCUCCUGGUUGCUUCAAGUGUAUUCAAAAUCAGUUCCCUACCCGUACGCUUCGUCCUUAGCUCAGGAAAUUUUCGAAAGUGGUAUUGUACCUGGUGACACUGAUUUCCGAAUAUUCAGGGAUUUUGGAAAUGUUUCUGGUCUGGAUUUCGCUUGGUCGACCAAUGGCUAUGUGUACCAUACGAAAUUCGACAACAUUGAUCAGAUACCGAUGGGGUCCUUGCAAAGGACUGGGGAUAAUAUUCUUGCUUUGUUACAAGGAAUAGUAAUGGAUAAUAAUUUAUCCGAAGCGAUCCAGGAUAAUCCUGGGAAUCUUGUGUUCUUUGAUUUCUUAGGUGCAUUUGUUAUUAGAUGGCCACAACACGUGUCUAGUACAAUUAAUGUUAUUAGCAUAAUUGCUGGAGUAUAUUCUAUAUAUCUAAAUGCACAAUGCGCGCGGAGAGAUGUAAAGAAAACUAUAUAUUUCAAACAUAUAUUGCUUUGUAUUGGAGCAAUAGUUGUUUCGUGGCUGGUAUCUAUAAUUUCAUGCACAAUGAUUGCAACUGUUCUUACCAAGCUUGGUAAAGUAAUGAGUUGGUAUGUGAGACCAGCUUGGCUGUUCUUCUUGUAUGUAUGUCCAACCAUCUUUGUAUCAAUGAUGUUCUUCUUAUAUGUUGGACUGCGACAAAAGAAGGAAGUCAAGACCGCAUGGACAUUAUUCCAAAUAUACUGCGAUGCAUAUUCUGUUAUAUGGAUGCUAGUUCUGUUCUGCUGCGUUCUAUUCGAGAUACGAUCGGGUUUCAUACCCUUACAUUGGGUUGUAUUCUCGACAGUAGCAAAUUUACUACGAUAUCAUUUUUUUAAUAAAUGGAGAGGCUGGAAGUGGCUCUUCUAUUACUUAACUACAAUAUUUGUACCUUAUAUGCAAUCAUUUUACUUACUGAUUGGUGCUCUUUAUCUAUUUAUUCCUAUAAUGGGACGGUCUGGUAGCAGCAUAAAUUCUGAAGUUGUCAUGGCUAACACAUUAUCUAUACUCUUUUGCCUGCAGCUUAGUUUCACGUUACCAAUAGUACUUUUGAUUAAAAAUGCAGAGCGGAUUCUAAGCGUAUUGAUUGGAAUAUUUUUUUUAACUAUUGGAGUGUUAAUUUUAACUCCACUUGGUUUUCCCUACAGUGGUGAUCCAUCGUCAUUGGCACCAGAACGUUUUAUGAUUGCGCAUGCACAAAGACAAUAUUACGACGUCAACGGUAACUUGCGAUAUUCUGGAACCGGGUAUUGGAUAGCUGAUUUAGACAUGAACAGUCCACAUAGCGUCGAAGCUAUGGUGCCUGAGAUUGGUGCAGCAACGCCAACAGUGAAAGAUUGUGAACGCGAAUUAUACUGUGGUCUACCAUACUUCAUGCCUGUUACAACUUUCUUAUGGAAAACAAGUUGGAUACCAGGGCCUGCACCACUCAUCAAUAUUCCAACAAGGUUGGACCUUGUUUCAAAAUCUAUACGACAGAAUAUUGUCACUUUUACGUUCAACGUAACAGGCCCUGAUCACAUAAGCAUAAUUUUAUCGCCGUACAAAGGUGUUCGUUUGGAAAGGUGGUCUAUUUUAGAAGGAAAACCGUUGCAAGGACCUAAAUGGAACGACAGGGAAACGUAUUUUGUUUAUUAUUCUUGUGCAUCUGAUUGUACUCCUUAUACGUUUACCGUCGAGUUAAAUGUUCCCCAUACGCAAAAGGUACCAUGUUUGACCGUGGCUUUGGGUGGCCAUUUUCUGCACGGUGAGCAUCAGAAGUCUUUGAGAUUUAAACGAUUCUUGGCUCAAUUUCCACAAUGGACCGUUGUCACACCAUGGACAGCGACAUACACUUCGUGGCAAUUUUAACGAAACAUCGAAUGAAUAAUUCCAUUUACUAAGAGCAGUUUACAUAAAAAAAUAGUCAGUGAAAGCCUAACGAUGACGGCACUGUAUACUAGCAUAGUUCUCAAUAUGAUUCAAAGACAUAUACCUAACAAUGCAAUUUAUAAGCUUAAGAUUUAGAGGAAUACCACAUUACAUAUCCAUAUGCUAACUUCGUAUGUCCGCGUUUAGCAGGAUACAUCGAUCAGCAUUAAAGGAAACUAUUUGAUGAAUGAAACGGUUGUCAUUCUAUUUAUACAAAAUUUUUUACUAGUAACAUUAUCGAGAUGUAGUUUUUAAGACGCUGAUUUCACUGAAAACAGUGCAAGAAUAAUAUAUAUAUAUAUACCUUAUCGAAUUGACACUUCACUAAUUACAAUUACCUAUUGUAGAAAAUUACGACGAGCUAGCAUAUCAAUUGUAUGCCUUAGACUGAUUACAGCUACAUUUAAUUUUAAAGCAUUAGUAAUUUAAUAUUAUCGCGGAUGACACGGUCCACGCGUAUUAAUUGAUAGCAAUUUUUGAACAUUUUAAUCGUCACCGCGGUAUCGCCGCAAGUUCGUCUCCUUUAUUUUGUAUCUGUACAUUGUAGAAUUGUUUGUGAAACGUUGUUCUUUCUUUAUUUACUAGAUAAAACGUGAUAAAGGAUAGAAACUUCGAAAGCACAAAUGUCUACUUGACUACGGGAAAUUAUUCUUAAUUUAAUUGUUCAGCAAUAUUUCGUUGUUACUCGUAUUUGUUGUUGCACAUCCGUGUUUUUUUUUCUUUUAUAUGUAUAAAUCUAAUUCCUUCGACGGUUUUGUACAGUUUGAAGUGUAUCGUUCGUUGACUUUUAGAAUACGAAGACAGUUUCCUUUAUCUUUCUCAAUCCAUCUUUUUUUCAUGGCUGUUAAAUGUCUAAAGAAACUGAAUUUAUUUUGAAUGUUACCUUCGUCCACGGUUGUGCAAGUCACACUGCUUUGUUAAAUAAUUCUGUACGUCCUUAGUUCUCGUGUGAUAUCAACGAAGGCCAUCGCGAAGUUUUAAACGAAUAUUUUAAAUGAUAGAGCGGCUGACGCAUCUAUUGAAAUAUACCACGUUUAAAGGUCUAACAGUAAGACAUUUUUGCCAAUAUCGAUAGCCAACUUUGUAGCUCUAAGUAAGUCCGAAGUAAUCAUAGAAAUUAACACUUUUACACGCGUAAAAGGGAGAUGUAUUUAACGUAGUUAUUACGCUGGCGAGAGAAUUUAAUUUUGUACACUAGAGUUUAACAAGUCUCAUUUCCAAAUUCGAUCAGUCUCUAUAAUAUGGAACAUCUUCGUUUAUAUUUGUAUUGCUGGUUUAGUUGUAACUAUAGUCUAGUAAUUUAUUCCCUUUCGUGAAGUAUCUUCGUUGCACAAUUUAAUAUUGUUCUACUUAAUAACGGCUCGCUAUGUCAAGCGUUUAAACACAGAUUAAUUAUGUAUUAAUUAUACCGUCUUCUAGUUAUUUGUAUUAUUUUGUUACUAUGUUACCUACUGCUCUGAAACCACAAGAUUUAUUUAAUCAACCUGAUACAAUUGUAAAUUUGUGAUCAAUCGAUCAAGAUUGACUCUCCCCUCCCCCCCCCCCACCCACCGUGUUGGUUGUUUUUAUGAGUUUAACAUAUUAUUUUAAUGUCCACACGUUCCUAAUUGCGUUUCAGGUUUCUCUAUUAUACACCAUAUACGUAUGUUAUUGUAAUUUACAGAUUGUUAUCGAAUAUGCAACCACGGGUGAGAAAUAAAAGAAAGAGUUGAAACAGUUA